AUGCGUGAUGAUGAUGAUGAUGAUGGUGAUGAUGAUGGUGAUGAUGAUAAUAAUGAUGAUGGUGAUGAUAGUAACGGUAAUGAUAAUGACGAUAGUGAUGAUAGUAACGGUAAUGAUAAUGACGAUAGUGCUUCUUUUCUCUCUUUCCCUUUCCCUUCUCUCUCUUCGCGUUCGCUCUCUGUUCGAAAUUCGGAUCGUCUUUCCCACACCAUUCACACACCACUCAACCUAUUUAACACCUUAAAAAACGAUAACGAAGACGGAUGGGGACGUGGCUGGUGUGGAGAUCGAAUUAGGAAUCAUAAAUUAGAAUAA